AUGAUCGCAAGAAUCGGAUUACAAUUAUUAAAUUCUACCAAUAAAAAUCUUAUUGGUUCUGUAAACAUGAGUGAAAAAUCAAUGGCUUCAUUCUCAAUUAUCAAGAAAAAGAAAAAGUCAGACAACGCAAAUGAUGAUAAAAAGAGAUUAGAAGAUAACCAAUAAUUAUUGUUGGACAAGUUUAAAUAAAGAAAGACCACUCGUUAUGCUUAAACUAAGGACGGAUUUAGAGUAGAUGUCGGUUUAGUGAUCAACCGUUAUCCUAUUUUCUUAAAUUUAGAAAAAUAUGAAUUGGAUAGAAUGAAAUAUCGUACUUUCUACUAAAAGAAAUAUAAGCGUCAUAUGGAAAUUCCUGAAGAUUUAACUGACUUUAACUUUAAGGAUCCUUAGAUGGAAGCUGAAGAAACAAAUAUUGAUAAUAUUGCUACUCACUUCAUAGAUUUGGGUGCUGGUGAGAAAAUUGAAUAUUGCGAAUCUUCUAAAUAUUACAGAAAAGUAGAUCCUGAAGUAUCUGAUGCCAGAUCUCUUUAAUAUGCUCCCUGCCAUAGAACUUACUUGCUCAUGAAAGACCCUACUAUCAAUUAAUAUGUUUUCCCCACUCGUCCCGUUCUUGAUCGUGAAGUCUUGAACGAAGCUAAGUUGCUUCUUUGGGAAAAGAUUUCAAACUUAAAAUUCCAAGUCAGUCACACUGCUGUUAUUCCUAAUUUUGCUGCCAGAAGAGAUUUUUAUGAACAUGAAUUAAGCAAUCCUAUGAAUAGAAAUUUAAAGGGUGUUAAAACAUUUUACUUCAUCGCCACUCAUGUUCAAGGUAUUCCUUGGAUUAAUCCUGAAGUCUAUCAAGAAUAUUUGUGGACACCCAAAAGACACUUCCAAAAUUAUGUGCCAAAAGAAUAUUAUGAGUAAUUUAUCAAUGCCAUGCACGAUGUUUGA